AUGGCUCUUCUUGUGUUCUUCUGUUGCAGUGGCCUGUCCCAGGAAUCAGGCAGCGUGGAACAGAUCUCGUUACACUGCGCGGAGGGAUCGCUGGAGUGGCUGUACCCCGCGGGGGCCUUGCGCCUGAGUCUCUUUCCUCGCCUUUCCACGGGCCCCAUGGGCAAAGAGAAGAGCCCGCGGCGCGUCACGGCCUGCAUCAAAUCGUCCAGCAGCUUCCGCGGGGCUCAGAUAUACCUGGAGAGGGACGGCAUCUUGGAGCUCCUGCUCUCGGAGGCUGAUGCGGCACUGCAGCCCAAGGUGCGCUGUUUCAGCUGGCUGCCCAAGGAGAAAGUGGCCCUGUUCCUCCAGUCCACCCUGCACCAGGACAUCAGCCGCCGGAUCGCCGCCUUCCGCUACGAGCUGAGGGGCGACUGGAACUCUCCGUUCUCUUGGCCAUCUGGCAACCUCAGCACGGAAGAUGCAGGGACCUGCCGGCCGUGCAACAACUCCGAGAUCCUGAUGGCUGUUUGUACUAGUGAUUUUGUCAUUCGCGGCAAUAUCCGGACAGUCUCCAACGACGUGGAUUUACAAGAAUCCAUCAUCUACGUGAGCGCCACCCGGAUCCACCGCCAGAAAUUUGCCCUGUUCCAGCCGGUCGGCAAGUACGGGAAAUCAGCAGGCAGUAUCCGUACCCUGCUGCGGUGCGGGGUGAAACCGGGACCCGGCAGCUUCUUGUUCACGGGGUGGUUGCACUUUGGGGAGGCGUGGCUCAGCUGCGCCCCUCGCUACAAAGACUUCUGCCAGAUCUACGAGGAGGCGCGCCAGGCUCACGAAAACCCCUGCGAAGUCUCGUUGGACUGAUUUGGGGGCAGAGGGGAGAAGAAUAGAACCUGGAUCCAGAUUUGGGCCGGGGGGGAGGGAAGGAGUUGUUGUCCACUUGGAGAGGGGGAGUGCCCUAAACGGCAUGUGUCCAAGUUAGCUGUGAAUGGCAAACGCUCUCCUUGCUCCCGAAAGGCAUUCCGUUAUUGUAUCAGACUAGAGGCCCUGCCCCGAAUCGACAAGCCGGAUCUCCACCAAAAGGAGCAGCUAUAGGCUAGUCCGGAAGCUGAAGAUUUUGCAGCUUCCUGGUUAGACGGGGACAUGCCGGAAAUAAUGUGAAGGGAAUUAACUCCAAGGUCUCCCAGUGUGGGGAAUUAGCAUCACACACAAGGACUGAUGGAGAGAGACACCCGAAGAGUUGGCUCCGUUACUUCCCCCGGACCAUUCGGCGAGCCGAGAGUGACCCCAAAGUAAACCCGCCUCUCUGCGUCACGGCAGAACUGAGUUCCGGGAGGACUUCUGAGUUGGUGACCAAAAUCGCAAGCAGACUGGGAUUCUCUUGCUGAGCAAACAGGGUCUGGAAUUUCCCAC